GGUGAUUAAAGCGAUGGUGCAAUUUAAUUAUCUUGACUUCUACGCUUACCCUGAGCUGCCUACCGGGUUUCAUAUUCCUAAGCAGAUCAAGGUUAAGCUUGGGAUUUUGGCUGGUUGUUUAUACGUUGAUGAAGACGAGUGGAAAGUAGUGGCGGAGUAUAUAAUGGGCAUUGCUAAUGACUCCAAUAAGAUCGUAGCUAAUCCGGCUGCUUUCGUUCUGGAAUGGCUAACGGUACGUUGUAAGACUGAACAUGUUGCGCACCCCUAUGGGCUACAUCUGCACAGGUUGUAAAAUGGAGAGCGCGGAUUCGCGGGGACAUGUCAAUAGUGAUGAAGAGGAGAAAAUUGGGGUGUAAUGUAGGAGUAACAGGGAUGAAAAUACAAAGGACGGAAAUUGAAAGGUGCUGUACGUAGUAAUACACAAUGUAGAUUGAGGCCGGCCGGUAGUUUAAUUUCUCUUCAAGGCUCGAUGUUGCUGGGCCAACAUCCAAAUGCUACAGUUGUGGCCCACUUUAGAGCCGUCAUUCUCUCUACUUCAGCA